CCACCACCAAGUCAACACCGAGGGGCUGAGUAAAGAAGACUUUGUUAUCGUUCUCCUCCACUUCAUGUCCAUCUUCAUGUUCAACGUUCAAAGCUUUAGCAAAACGCAUCCUUUAUUCCUUCCGUGGUGGUUGGGCUGCCCAUCUCCUUCCCAGUCUCCUCCUCCUUCAUCAAACCAGGACCACUUCAAGCUUCAACCUAAUCCAAACCCUCUCUCUCUUGCUCUCUCGAGUUCAUGCCCUUUCUCUCUCUUCAGACCCCCUGCAUGAACCCUCCAUAGCCCUUCCCUCCUUCCUCCGUGAUGAUGGGCGCGUUGCACCAUCUCCGGCGCUUGCUGUACUCGGACCCGAUCAACGUGACCGUCUCCGCGAUCUGCCAAACCUCCUGCGACCCUCUGCUGAACGACUCAGGGUUCUGCAUAACACCCUGCUUAGCCGUUUGUCCUAGAGUCUGCCGCUCUUCCGUGAUCCCGCUCUUCCCUCCUCCGCUGCCGCUGCCGCCGCCGCCGCAGCAUGAAUCCUCCUUGGAAGAACAUGUGAGGAAAUCCCACCAUUUCUCGCCGUAUCUUGUCAUCCUAUUCGCCGUCCUCGCCGCGUUUUUCGUCCUAGUUGUGUUCUACGGGCUGUACGUGAGGUAUUAUGUGAAUCGGUCGUCCCGGCGGAGAGGCAGGGGACUGCAGGAGCCGGAGACGAGUGUCAUCCAUGAUGAGUUUCUUGAUCAUGAUCUAGGGCCGGUCCUUGACCACCCGAUCUGGUACAUCCGCACCGUCGGCCUUCAGCCGUCGGUCAUAAGCUCGAUCACGGUGUGUAAGUACAAGAAGGGCGAGGGACUGAUCGACGGGACAGAGUGCUCUGUUUGCUUGAGCGAGUUCGAAGAAGAUGAGACUCUCAGGUUGUUGCCGAAGUGCAGCCACGCUUUCCAUGUGCCGUGUAUUGAUACUUGGCUUCGAUCUCACACCAACUGCCCCAUGUGCCGCGCGCCGAUUGUCACUAACGUCGCAGAGGCUCUGCCGCCGGAGCAGCCGAAUGCGGAGAGUUCCGAUUCUGCAGGGGAGAUGGGAAUUCUGGAGAUCGAUGAUGGUUUGGGGAGGGAAGAGGAGAGAGUUGCAGAACCGAGGGGAGAGAGCGAGGCAGAUGCUGAAUUGGAUUUGGAGGAUGGAAGGAAGAGAAUCGAGGACUCCAACGAGGUGCAACCGAUGAGGAGAUCCGUUUCGCUAGACUCUCUGUCAGCUCUGAAGAUCAGUCUUGCGGUCGCAAAUGCUCUUCGAGGAGAAUCAGGAUCCUUGAGGAAGUCCGAUCCUGAAUCAGCCGGGGAAAAUCAGCGAAUCGCCGGAGCUAUCGUCCCAAAGAGGAAUGCUAGUCAAGAUAAGCUACCGAUGAGAUUGUUGGGCAGUUCGAGUUCGUCGAUCGGCAGAUCACUAGUGAGUGGAUCCAGCUCGAUAACAAGGUCGCUUUCGUCGAGCGGGAGGUUCUUGUUCUCGAAGUACAGCGGAAGCAGGAGCUCGGUUCUUCCUCUAUGAAAGGCUGUUUAAUCUGGCCUCAGCAAGAGAAGAAGGGAAACAAGUUGGCCUCGCUCUUCUCAACUUUUUUGCCCGGUGCGAUGUCUGGGAAGCCGAUAGAGGACGGCGCCGGGAAGUUCGGCAAGUUCAUAGAUGAGCCUGAUUCAAAGGAAUCCGACUCACCGAUGAAAGGAAUGUAUCAUACGGUUCGUUUUUUUUUUUCCUUCUGUUUUCCAUAAGAGCUCGAAUCAAAUGUAAGGAAAGCUUUUGAUCCUAAGGAGUGAAGGCUAUAUACCAUCUUACACACUUGCUACUGCUAAAUUGAGUUCUCUA